GGGAAAUGUAUGCUAUUAAAGUAGAGGUACUAUCAGCUCAAGAUGCCGUUAUGCGAUCUUUGACGGUGUCGAUCCAAUCGCGAGGAUCAGCGAGGAUCGCGGAUUCGUCAAAGUCUUUGUAUAGUCUUGAUGCGGCUUCGUG